CUCACUGAUGACGUUGGACCUUGUCGAAACAUAGGCGUUAAUCUUCAGCUGUAGACGAGCUAUACUUUAAUUAUUCCUGUUAUUCUCAUGGCGUUUACUGUACGCCUGCCCACAUGCGUUGUAGCCCCUCUCACGCCUGGCCUCGAUUCGUCUCCGCGGGUCACGUGACUCAAAAUGGAAACUUAUCCUUCCCCAGAAAUGAUACGGAAACUUAACUGGUUGCUUGGCCUCUGUUUCGCUUUGCUUUCUUACGCAGCGUUAACACCUUUGCAUUAAAUAAGGCAAUACUGUGCAACAGCGGCGCGUUUAUAAGCGAGCAUGGUCUGUAACGUUAGUAGAAGCUCUGGAGACGACCGCGCUCAAACGUAGCAAGACCCAAGAAACCACGCGCUUUAACAAAGUAGACGCUUCUAAUCUAGAGCUGAUGAUCUGCUUAAUAUAUGAUUCACGUCUCUCGUGCUGCUCUUAUUGAAUUUUUGCGAGCUCACCUGAGCACGAGAAAACUACAACAGGAUCAAUAAUCACACUUUUUGCUACCUUUUUUUGGACUGCUGCAGGUGCUCCCAGUGAAUAACUGGUUUGCUCUGACUGUCUGUCAGGGUCUGCUGUGUGUGCUGGAAGAAGGACAUUGAUAUAGAAGCUGCACAGCCAGCUGCACCAGCCCUUGACCCUCAUCCCCUGCGAUAUGAGCAGAGGUAGAGGAGGGCCAUACAACGAACACUACCAUCGGCAUACACCGCCCCGCCUCCAAGACAAACAGAAUUACUACAGACCUGAACAACCCUUGUUCUUUCCCAGGACUGGCCCACAGCAGAUCCCAUAUUCUGGUUACUAUGGCAGUCCCAGCCCUGCGGUAGUGCCCAAACAACCUCCUACCCCACCUCUCAUCGCCUCUGCUCCACCAAUACCAAGCCACAAUAAAUUAGGCCCUAAACCUGACUGCUCACAUAUUCAGAAUUAUAGUCCUAGCCCUGGUCCUAAUUCAUUUCAGUACCAACAGGUAGAGUUCCUUAGAGGGCAGAGGCCCGAGGCUCCUGAUUUCAGAACUAGCCCACAAGUAGAGGGAGUGGUACCUGACCAGCCACCUACGUUUACACACCAAUCCUCAGUAAGGUACAGUAGAUAUCAGAGUUCUAGUAGAAGCCCAAGGAGUAGAGGUAGAUAUAAUCAAGACAAGGGUUUUGCGAGAUGUUUAUGGGGUCCUCCAGGCCCACAAUUCCCUAAUCAAAACCAGUUUCAAGGUCAACCUCACAACCAGUACUCAAACAGACAAUGGUGUGUCCAAACUGAGUCUGUUUGUGACAGUUUUAGUAAUUUGUCUAUUCAUAGGGACAAUCCGAACCGAAGAGAGCAGUUUGGCAGAUACUCUCUGUCCGGCAGCUCUGCAAAUUCAAAUUUUAAUAAAAUUAAUAUCACUCUCACUCCAGACAUCCAAGACACAGUAUACAGAGCUUUGGGUUCUUUGAAGAAAAGUGAAAGCAUCUCUGCCAAAGUGUUAGCCAGAAAGCUGCAUCUGCCUAAAAAGAUAGUUAACAAGGCCCUCUACUCUCUGGAGCAAUUACAGAAAGCCUCCAAGCAAGGACUCACCCCCCCAGAGUGGACCCUUUACAGAGACUCGGUCACAAGUAAGGAAGAUCAGUACUGUUUGGAAAGUCCACCAUCCCAACUGUAUGUCCACCUAGAUUCCCCAAAAAAACCUCAAGCUAAGGUUGAUCUAACAGUAGAAACAUCAGACAGCAUAGGACCAGGGAAUGAAGAGGAGUCUGACUUAGAAGCUAGUUCUUUUUACUCUUCUUCUUUAGAGUCUGAAUCUGAUUCUGAGGAAUUACAGUCACCAGCAAAAGGUCAACAAAAAGGCUUAGGACAUCAGAGCACGACCAGCUCCUCUAAUCAGGAACUUGAGCUUCCUACAAUGGGAGAACAGAAAGAGCUCAUCCUGCAGUACCUCCUUAAUGCAGAGGAGGCAAGUGCACUUACCAUAGCCAAAAAUGUGGGUCUUCGGAAUGCCAAGCAGGUAAAUCCCACCCUUUAUGCCCUGGAGAAGCAUGGAGACGUCAAUAGGAAUGAUGAAGUCAGCCCUCCCACCUGGGAGCUGUCCACCCACUGCAGACAGAAGAUGGAGAGGAGCCUCAAAGCUGCAAAGAGUGCUCCAGUUGAUGGAGGUAAGAUGGAGCAGGCAGUGUGGAAAGAGGAAACGGAAGGAGAGUCCAACUUUUUGCCAUCGGCACUCCCACCAAUACCAGGCCUCGAGCCACUGCCACCACUGAUGGAGCAAAGUCACAGUGAAACAUCUCUUUCCUCUCUUCACCCUUCCACAUUCACCUUAUCUCAAGACAAAGACUCCAAUGAAAGGCAAUGGGCCACGGAUGAUAUCCCAGAAUUCCUCAACGCCAUUCGGAGGGAGACAGACGCUGAAAAACGGGCAGCAGAAAAGGCCAACACUAUGGGCACUGUUGCUGUCUCACUGGCAGCCCCUCCUCCACAGAACCUGUGGGCCAAGUUACAGGAGCUGAGGCUGAAGAACCCCGUCAGUGGCCUCAUGGAGUAUGCACAGUAUCUGGGCCAAAACUGUGAGUUCCUGCUUCUCGACCAGUCGGGACCCUCCCACGACCCAAGGUUCCGUAUGCAGGUGAUGCUCAAUGGGAAGCUGUUUCCAGUGGCAGAGGCUUCCAGUAAGAAGGUUGCGAAAAAGGACGCCGCUGCAGCCGCUUUACGCGUUCUCGUUGAGGAGAUGCAAGGAAGAUCGAGCACAGGCGAAAACGAAAAUUCUGCCAACAUGGGCCAAGUGUUGAGUCUGCUUCCAGACAACAGUGGGGCAGUUGAAAGCACGGGGGGAUCCAGUAGUACAGAGGGUAUAGAGGGUGUGGGAGCUCAUCAGCCUCUCUCUCGCUCUCUGCCUGGUGGGAAGAAUCCAGUAUCUGUCCUGAUGGAGUACAGCCAGCGCAGUGGGAAACCCAUUGAGUUCAUCAUCACCGGGCAGGCGGGUCCACCCCAUGACCCACGGUUCAUGUACAGAGUGAAGGUUGGAGAAAACUUGUUUGCAGAGGCCUCAGCUCCAAGCAAGAAGGCAGCCCGCCAGCUGGCAGCAGAGGAGGCUGUGAAGGAAUUAAUGGCUGAUGGGAGACUGCAGCUCAACAAGCCUCAGUUGCCCCUGGGCUUCCCUGGUGAAUGUGAAGGCAGUGCGUCUGGGAUUGCAUGCCCAUCAUUGCCUCCUCUGACUGCUGAUGAAUUGCGAGCGGCACACGAGGCAGGGGUCGGCGACCUCAUCAACCACCUGAACAACAACGCUGUUUCAGGUCUUCUGGAGUAUGCUAGAGCUCGGGGCUUUGCUGCCGAGAUCCGCCUUGUGGGCCAAUCUGGGCCCCCACAUGAACCUAAGUUCACCUACCAAGCGAAACUGGGUGGCCGGUGGUUCCCUCCGGUCUGCGCAUCCAAUAAGAAACAGGGAAAACAGGAAGCCGCAGACGCUGCUCUACGGGUUCUGAUUGGAGAAGCGGAGAAGGCAGCGCGCACUGGGGAGCUCAUCCCAGCUGAGCUUCCAGUGAGUGGGAGUACUUUGCAUGACCAGAUAGCGAUGUUGAGUCACCAGCGCUUCAACGCCCUCACGACACGUAUCCAGCACAGCCUUCUGGGACGCAAGAUUCUGGCGACCAUCAUCAUGAGGAAGGGGGAAGGCCUGGGAACUGUCGUUAGCCUGGGAACUGGAAAUCGCUGCGUUAAAGGGGAGGAGCUGAGUCUUAAAGGGGAAACGGUGAACGACUGCCACGCUGAAAUCAUCUCCAGACGGGGAUUUGUUCGAUUUCUGUACAGUGAGCUCUUUAAACACUAUGACGGUGCAGACGAUAGUAUAUUUGAGCCAGCGGAGGAAAACAAACUGCGGCUUAAACCUGACAUCACCUUUCACCUUUAUAUCAGCACGGCGCCUUGCGGGGAUGGGGCUCUGUUCGAUAAGUCCUGCAGUGAGGCGGGGGACGAAGGCGAGGGGCACCAGCCUCUGUUUGAGAAUGCUAAACAGGGCAAGCUUCGCACCAAAGUGGAGAACGGCGAGGGCACCAUUCCAGUGGAGUCGAGUGCCAUCGUGCCCACCUGGGACGGUAUCCAACACGGCGAGAGGCUGAGAACCAUGAGCUGCAGUGAUAAGAUCCUGCGGUGGAACGUCCUGGGCCUGCAGGGGGCAUUGCUGACCCACUUUUUACAUCCCAUCUACCUGAAGUCAAUCACUCUUGGAUACCUCUACAGCCACGGUCACCUCACACGUGCUGUAUGCUGCCGAUUGGCCAAAGACGGUGACACUUUCACCCAGAGCCUUCCGUCUCCCUUCACACUAAACCACCCAGAGGUGGGCAGGGUGAGCGUGUACGACUCCACACGUCAUACGGGCAAGACCAAGGAGUCCAGCGUGAACUGGAGUUUUCCUGACCAGUACUGUGUAGAGGUGCUGGACGGGACCAACGGCAAACUUGAUGGGAACAAACUGGGCGUUUCUCGUGUGUCCAAGUCCAACUUGUUCUGCCUGUUCCGCGCUCUGUGUCAGCGGUGCGGUCGCACUGAGCUCCUCUCCCUACCAUCCUAUGCCCAGGCUAAAAUGUCAGCCAUGACCUUCCAACUAGCUAGGAGGCACUUCUUCCAGGCCCUCAGCAACCAGGGCUAUGGCGCCUGGAUUGGUAAACCACUGGAGGAGAAGAGCUUUGAGGCAGGAGAAGGAACUGCGAGCAAUGGAGCAAAUGCCUUCAUGGGAUACGGCAGCAAUAGAAAUGGCGAUGAGAUGGAGUACAAACAGGACGAGGUGUAGAGGAGGCAGGGUGCUUUACUAACUGGGUAAAUGAAGCACAAGGCAUCGGCAGAUCAGAAAGGUCAACAUGAAGUCAGAACAGUGUGAAAUGUGCAGCCAGUGGCCAGAACUGUGUCUUCUGGUGGAGCAUGGUUAACGGCUGAAGAGGAAGAGUGAUAGAAGGAGACAUAACAGACAGAGGAGUUGCCUGAAGGAUGGAGGGGGGGGUACAAGAGAAAGCAAACACUACAUAGAAAAAACGCAAUUAGUGAAAAGCAAACUGGCAAAAGCUGAGUUAUGUUAACUUGCAGAAUGAGAACUUUGUCAACAUCAUUCAUAGGUUAGUUUUCCUCAUAGUGUAGUGUUGUUAUGUUGCACUGGGAAACAUGGUUAUUUGCUGCAUGUUUGACAAAUGCAAUUGUGGUUUUCACCUGCUGGACCUCUGGUUGGUUGAGUUCUACCCGUAGUCAUUCAUCCCACCACAGCCUCCGUCGUAGCAGCGGUUGUGAUUGAAGCUAGUGCGUAUAGUUUUGGUUUCAGUCCAUGUCAGUUCUCCAUCUUCCAUAUCCUGCAAAUGUUAGCAGAAGCAGCAGAACCCCUUCUGUGUCUGCUUUUUAUUACUGUACACUUUGCUCAGUACUUUCCCAGCUCUCGGUGCACAAAGCUUUUACUGUACAGAUGAACGUCAAUGCCAACUCUCGCUUCCAACAUGAGGCUUUAACUCCUAUGAACUGAUGAAGUGCACACACUCAUUGACCAUCCAUCCACAUGGUUGUUGCCAUGGUUUUCAUUUGUACAGCAUAGAUCACCUUCUUGAUCAGCCCCAUAAUUUCCCUCUGCCUUUAUAUACUUUGUCUGAUGUCAGGAAAUACAAACAUUUCUUUGAUUGCUUUCUUUUCCUGAAGUGUUUCAGAAACUCGCUACUGUCCUGCCUGCAGCCCGUCUGCACAUGUGUUUCCUUUUUUUUGUUUGUUUACAACUUGAUAUGAAACGACCAAGAGGUGAGUUGUGUUGUUUAGAGAGUGUUUUUCUGUUCCUGUUUUCUCCUGGUUAUAUGUAGAUGAAUAAUGCAAUACAUACAUCAGGUGUAUACAAAUACAUGAACACCCAAAUGUACAGUGAGGUUCAAAGGCCUGAGUCCAGUUCCAGAAAAUAUAUUUUAAACUAACACAAUAAUUUAUUAUUGAAAAAAAAAUUGAUAUUUUUUUAAUACCAUAGUUAGUUAAAAAAUAAUAUUUACAGAAAAAUAAGAUUCCUCUGUAUUUGCUCUGUUUUUCAUUAACCACUACACUAACAGUUUUCGUGGAAUUUAAAAUUGGAUUAUCCAAGCCUUCUGUCAGGAAUGUCAUGGAAUUUUGCAGAUGUGUGAUGUGUGGUUUGGAAGAGAAGCGGGACUUGGUUUAGCUUUGCUGUGCAGAGACGGCAUUUUACCGUCAAAUGAGUCAUUCCUGGUUUUAGAAGGAAAGUGAUGGCAGAGCGGGAUCGGCUCUCCGUGCUCCGUCGGGCCUUUGAUGUUUAUAAAUGUAUAUGAACAAGAAGCUUUAAAACAUAUUUUUGUUUUAUAUUGUAUAACAUGUACAUCUUGUGUUACUGGACUCAGACUCUUGUACCUAACUGUAUGAAUAUAGUAUAAAAGUGGUUAAUGUAUAUAUUUUAAAAUCAUCUGCAUUUUCUUUUAUAAAAUCUUUUCCUGUUUUAAUGAAAAUUUCAGAGAAACAUGCUGGUUUUCUUUUUUUUUUUUUUACCAAUAAAGUUUGGAACAUUUGAAAAAAAAUGUUA